AUGUGCACGAUUGUCGUAUGCUUUCUAUUGAUAUUUGUCGUUAUCGGUGUCAUACUGGUGUUAAUCUACAAACCGAUUUACGUUUGGGAAAUCGACAUACCCUAUUGAAGAAUCCGAAGGAUCUCACCGUUUGACUCUACAGUUGUAACGAGACAUUAUUGCAAUUUUCGACAUCAACACGAAGUUCGAAAUCUAGUAUAAAUUAUCGACUGUGACAAAAUGGUUAGAACAGCGCAGAGAAGUGUCAUUCGUGUGCUUCUGGUACUCUCCGUGACGACUUUGACGAGAUGCGCGUUGCUGGAGAUGUCCCGGAUGCUUUGGAACAGGACGGUGUCCGGAGGCAUAACGAAAAUAGGCAAGUUAGACCCGUUGAGGGUGCCGUUGAUCAAAGUUGAUCAAUCCGAGGGCGACGCCAAUUACAGAGUGAUCCUGAGGAACUUGGAGAUCGUCGGUCUCAAUGGAUCGGUCUUGGAGAGUAUUCACAUCGCUCGUGGCGGACUGAGGGCCAACCUGAGCGAACUCAUGGCCGGAUACGUGAGUUACAGCGAUCUUAGGGAUGUGGAUUCUAUCAGAUAUAGAUUCCACACUAUGAUGACGGAGCCCAGUGUGCCCAAGGAAAGUUUCGAAGCUGUCGUUUCGCCCAUGAAUCGAGCUGCUGACACAAGGCCCUACUCGCGGUAUCAAGAUGCACGCUUCGAACGAUUGCAGCAGGAUCCACACGGCACCAGGAUGUUCGAGCAAGGUCGGCAGUAUGAUCGGCGGACUCCUUUCGGCGCUGAUGUUACGUCCGGUGGUUUUUAUAGAGGCAAUUUGAGAGCAUCGGACAAUUUUGAAACGAAUUCUGGGAAUAUCGAAAGUUUCAAGCGACCUGCUUACGUCCAGCCGAUUUAUAUGCAGAGACCGAGGGGUUUCCAAGGAUAUCAUGGAAAUUCUCAGAGUAGUGAAGACACGAUCGACUGCGACGAUACAAAGACCUCUCAGAGUUUUAGUGGAAAUCAAGGCAAUCGAGAAAAUCAACGAUAUCGACAAGACGCCAAUGCCAGACAUUACGGGGACCGAGUCGGGGAUGCUGAGGUUUCCGCGUCGGAAACAACCGAGACUAGAUUGAAAAACCAGGGUGACGUAAGACCGUCUGCGUUGUAUAAUAGAGAACAGUCUCGGCGAUCGGACGUUGCAUCUUCCGGCAAUGUUAAAUCGCCGAGAAACGGAAUGAGGGAGCGAUUUGGUUACAUCGACAUCGUCUACGCGGACGAUAAAACUAAUGGCAGUGUAAAGCGUUUCGGUAAUCUGGGUAUCGAUGCCAGAGAAAAUCGGCGAGUAUACGGCAUAGAAGACGUCAUGAAGAACAUUCGGGAGAAUACAAAAUUCAUUAUCUACAAUUUUACGGAGGGCGAAGCCCUAAGAAAGAGAAACGACAUGGUUAAAACUGCGAUGGAAGCCAAAAGAUUGAAGGAUCUGAUCAGAUAUGCGAACAACUAUCAGGAGCAGCAAGGGUUCUUCGAGGAAGGCAUGCAGCUGAUUUACCAUUAUGGCAUGGAUGUAAAGAACGGCAGCGUCUCUCAGAGCCUCAAUGAUACCAAAAGAACGAAACGUGCGCAUCCUGAGGAGACAUCUGAAGAGGACGUGAUGCAUGUGAUUUUGAAAAUACGCGUCCCACUGCUUCGCGUGAAGUCUGAGUACACGCUUUUGGGAAAAGUGGGAGGGGAGAUGUUACGUGGCAACGGUCUGCUUGCCGGGAACUUUACCGAUGUAGUAGGCGACUUUACGCUUGAACUGAAGAAGAUCAACGAAGAAUUGAUGAUCGUUCGUACUGCUAGAGCGAAGCUGUUCGCGAAAGAUAGGAACGUCAGUCUUCAAGGUAUGGACGAGAAAGGACCGGUGCAGGCUAUUCUCACUCAUGGUUUAAUGGCUGCGGAGGCAGUCGCCGCGAUGCUCGCCGACGACUUCGCGACCAAAGGACUUAGUGAGAGAACGGCCGACGCAUUGAUCUACAGGAUGUACAAGGAUUUACCAGUCAAUUAAUCCGUCCAUGUGGUCGCUCGAGGCGAUCGAGAACUUUACGUCAUCUUUCUGCUACAGUCAUGUGUCAUUUUAUAUUCAUUUCUUGAUUUUAUUUUCUUGGACGUUUAUUUGAUAAUUACCGCACUUUAUUUAUCGUUAUUUUAAGACGUUUAUUUAUUCUACAGAUUUACUCUAUAUAUCGAUAUAAUAAAUUAUUUCUAUUGGCGCGCCUAAUUACACUUAUUUUAUAUGCGUUUAUUAUGUUUGCAUGAUUUAUUUUCUCUACAUUUAUUUAUUUUAGCCAUUCAUCUAUUGUACAUGAGAGAUUAAUUUAGAGAAGCCAUACUUCAUAUUAAUUUUAUUAAAUUAAGUGACAAUACAUGUUAAUAAAAUAAGUUUUAACAGCAACAGCGAGGAGGUUUUGUAAAUAUUUCUUUCGCUCAUUGCUAUUGUAUAUAUCAUUGACAAAAGAAUUCAGUAUUCUUUACAUAAUCGUAUUUAAAACAUUUGACGAAUAGUAACAUUCUUUACUCUAAUAACAGAGCGAAAAGUCGCUUUGUAUUCCAAAAUUAUAUACGAACGAGUUAUUUUUCUGUUGCACGUGUACAAAUUUUUUGUUUAUGAGCAAAUUGUAUAUUCAUUAUAGUCACAAUAAUAGAAGUAUAUUAUAUCAAAACCGUAAACUUUCGUCAGUCUGCUUUUUAUCGAUGAAUCUUGUCUAAUUCAACCUUGCGAUUAUUUUGAUCAUUUAGCAUUUGCGUUUUUCUCUUGUUUUCCUUCCAUUAAUUUUAUUUCAUGUUCAAUUAUUUGUCAUACUGAUCGGUUUCCACAAGUGUUACUUUUGAAACAUUAGUGUUACAUGAUUGUAUAAAAUUGAUGGAGAUGGAAGAUGAUUAAUAAGUAUUUACAUAGCCACUAAGAUAAUCAUAAAAAAUUCUAACUAGCCUUAGCAAUUACAGCGAGAAUAAAAAAGGCUGCAUAGGCAAAUAGCAAGAAACGCGGAAAGAAGAAUAAUUUCAAUCGUGUGCAUUGGAAUUAUUGAUUAUUUACAUAUCUUAAAAUACAUAUAGAGGUAAAAAAUCAGUCUGCUGAAGUCAAUUAUAAGUCAAUCCGAUUAGGACUAUUGAACAGCUCAGGAGCAAAUAGAAGAGUCUACGGGGAAAUUUUAUGUCCAACAAUUGAGUAACUUCUCCAUCUAAAGAAAAGGGCAUGCCCAUAGAUCGCAGCCCUGGCCUAUGACCUGAAAGUCCUUGUUGACAUUUCCAGGUAUCGUAAUCCCCGCAUGUAACUUUGUACCAACCUUUUGCACGCGCUUAUAAUUCUAAUCUCACAUAUGUAACGUUUACCGCAUACGUAUUACUUCAUCUUAUUAUGCGUCUGUAUUAUGUAAUUGAGAUUCAAUAGCUCGUUAUGCUUUCGUGUCUAACAAUGCGGACGUGAUCAAGAUUUUUCCUAUAUUUCAAUCUUGACGCCAAAUUAAAAAUAUUAGCUAAUACGUUGCUAUCUAACACAGUUGCCCAACAUUGGCCGAAUAGAAUAAAUUUCUAGUACAAAUGAUUUUAACUGAUCGAAAUGGUGCAUUAAUUAAACGAAAUAUUAUUUAUAUUGACGUAAUAAUAUUAUAUAAUUUUGCAUACGAGAUAUGUACGUACAGAUUUGAGGAACGAUUCUAGAUUUAUGGCCGGUUGCUCCAACCUCUUCGCAAGUUAAUUAAUAGUUAAAUCAUAUGUCUUUGCUUUUUCUUUAAAUUAGACAAAGACAGGCAUAGAAUUUAACUAUUAGUUAGCUUACCAAGAGGUUGGAAAAACCGGCUCUUAAAGUGCAAGUAAUGAUUAAAUGAUUUUUUAUUUAGGUUGAGAACUAUUCACUCUUUAGAACUGGU